GGGCAGCGGUUCGCGGCCGGGGCGCCCUCGGCCGGGCGCUGCUGCGGGGCCGGUGCCGGCGGGGCCCGAGCGGCGGCGGGGCCGGGCGCUGAAGAUGGCGACCCCGGGGAUGGGCUGGCAGCCGCCGCCGCACAGCUACGGCGGCUCCGGCUCAGCCCAGGCGGGGCUGGGCGCCGAGCACAGCCCGGACCUGCACUUCAAAAUGAGCAAGAAGAUCGCCCAGCUCACGAAGGUAAUAUAUGCUUUGAACACUAAAAAUGAUGAACAUGAAGCUGCUAUCCAAGCCCUUAAGGAUGCUCAUGAAGAAGAAAUUCAACAAAUUCUUGCAGAGACCAGAGAUAAGAUCUUACAGUACAAAAGUAAAGUUGCAGAAGAGAUGGAUCUCAAGAGAAAGAUCCAGGUUUUAGAAGAGUCACUGGAAGAUCAUAAAAAGAUGAAACAUCAGGCCUUGACAGAAUUUGAAGCCUAUAAAGGUAGAGUUGAAGAUAUGCAGCUUUGUGCAGAAGCUCAGCAUGUUCAACGUGUAGUGACCAUGUCAAGAGAAGUAGAAGAGAUCAGAAAGAAAUUUGAGGAAAGGCUGCGAAGCUUCAUACAGUUACAAGUGCAGUAUGAGAAGGACAAGCGUACAGCUCUGGAAGACUUGAGAGCUGCCCACAGGCUUGAGAUUCAAGAACUUCUGAAGACUCAACAGAGUCAGAAUGCUACUUUAAGUAAGGGACAAGAAAAACUAGAGGAAUUGCAUAGACUGGAGUUGGAAGACUUGAACAGUAAAGUUGAAGAGUUAAGGCUGGAAAGAAAAAAACUCAUUGAGGACUAUGAAGGCAAACUCAGCAAAGCACAGUCCUUCUAUGAGCAUGAACUUGAUUCUUUGAAAAGAUCUCAGCUUUUUACAGCAGAGAGUCUACAUGCUUGCAAAGAAAAAGAAGCUGAACUUAGAAAAGAAUUUCAAAACCAGGAAAGUAUGUUACGGAAGAAUCUGGGAAAGCUUAAAACUGAAUUGCAAAUGGUCCAGGAUGAAGCUGCCAGUCUACGGGAAAAAUGUCAAAAACUUCAGGUGGCUCUUGGUACAGCAGAAAACAAUGUUCAGGUUCUUCAAAAACAGCUAGAUGAUGUGAAGGAGGAGGAGAUGUCAUUGUUAAGCAAACACAAGGAAGUGGAAAGCGAGUUGGCAGCUGCUAGAGAGCGCUUACAGCAGCAGGCCACUGAUCUUGUUCUCAAAGCCAGUCACAUUGGAAUGCUUCAAGCUACUCAAAUGACUCAAGAAGUUACAAUCAGAGAUUUGGAAUCAGAAAAGUCUAGAUUAAAAGAAAAACUAUCCCAACUGGAAGAGGAAAGAAACUUAUUACAAAGCAAAACACAAAGUCUGGAUGAGCGACAAAGGCAGCAAAUUCUGGCUUUGGAGAAGAAAGUAAAUGAAGCAAGGGAGACACAGCGUGAAUAUUAUGAGAAGGAGCUUGUAAAAUUGCAAGCAAGAUUGGAAGGAGAGGCUGCACAGUUAAAGGAGGCUCAUUCCAAGACCUUGGAAGAAUUGGCAUGGAAACAUCAUACUGCAAUUGAGGCUGCACACAGUAAUGCUAAUAAGGAUAAGAAAAAACUGCAGAUGGAGUUGGAGCAGCAGUUUGAGAAGGAGAAACUGCAUUUGGAGGGUGAUAAGAAUCAGCUCCGACAGCAGCUGGAAAACCUGAAGGAAGAGCUGACAACGAAACUGACUUCUGCCAAUCAGGAGGUGUGUCGUCUGCAAGACCUAGUACGAAAAAGCGAACAGGGCCUUGGUACUGCAGAAGGACAUAUUUCCAGUCUUCAAGAAGCUCAGGAAAUACUCCAGAAAGAGCUAGAACUGACCAGAGCAAGACUGAGAGAGACCACCGAUUCAUUGUAUAGUGUUGAGGGUGAACUAGAUCAGGAGAGACAACAGCACGAGGCAAUGAUUGCUGCCAUGAGAGAAGAGGAAAAGUUCAAAGUUGACAGAAUGGCUCGUGACUUGGAAAUAAAGUGGACAGAAAACCUUCGGCAAGAAUGUAAUAAGCUUCGUGAAGAGCUGAGGCUCCAGCAUGAAGAGGAUAAGAAGGCAGCCAUGACUCAGCUGUUGCAGCUGAAAGAACGUGAAAAAAAUGCAGCAAGGGAUGGAUGGCAAAAAAAAGUUGAAGAUCUUUUAGACCAGCGGCACUGUCUCGGUGAAGCUUUACAUAAAUCUAUCAGCAAUAUCUCCUUACUGAAGCAGAAUCUGGAGAUGCAGCUUUCCCAGUCUCAGAGCUCUUUGCAACAGCUACAAGCCCAGUUCAGUCAGGAGCGACAGAGGCUGACUCAGGAGAUCCAGGAAUUAGAAGAGGAGCAUCAGCAAAGGCAUAAGUCACUUCAGGAAGCCCAUAUCCUUGCCUUUCAAAACAUGGAAGAAACAAAAGAGCAAGAACAAAAGGAAUUAGAAGAACGUUUACAACAGAAGCAUUCAGAAGAACUUCAGGCACUGAAAGAAACACAUAAACAAGCCAUGGAAGGUUUCAAAUUGGAGAUGGAACAGGAACUUCAGACUCUACGAUUUGAGCUGGAGGAUGAAGGAAAAGCUAUGUUAGCUUCCUUGCGCUCUGAGCUAAAUCAUCAACACGCAGCAGCAAUUGACCAGCUCAGGCACAACCAUCAACAAGAACUGGUAGCUGCCAAAAUGGAGCUUGAAAGAAGCAUAGAACUCGGCAGACGACAGGAGAAAGAAUUUUUGUGCCGAAUAUCAGAUCUACAAGAUGAACUGAAUCACCGAGACCAUCAUAUAGCUGAACUGGACAAAGAGAUUCUACAUCUUCAUGAAAAUAUAAGUGCAUUGACUAAGGAAUUAGAGUUUAAAGGGAAAGAAGUUCUUAGAAUACGAAGUGAAUCCAACCAACAGAUCAGGAUGCAUGAGCAAGAUUUAAGCAAGAAACAUGAGAAAGAGCUGGAUGUCUUGACAGCAGAUCACAUCAGAGAGAAAGAAAGCAUGCUGGCAGAUUUUAAUAAGACCCAAGAGCUGCUCAAGGAAAUUAAUUCGGCUUUACAAAUUUCUUUAGAAGAAAUGGAGGAAAAAUAUAAAAACAGAGAAUCAAGACCAGAAGACUUGCAGCUUAUCUCAGAACUGAAAGACCUAAUUGCAGAGCGGGACCAGCUCAUAAAGAAAUUGAUUGAGGACAAAAAGUUCUAUCAGCUGGAGCUAGUUAACAGGGAGACUAACUACAACAAAAUCUUUAAUGCAAGCCCUAAUGUUGGUGUUAUUAAUCCAUUGGUGAAGGUUAUUUCACCUGCAUGGAAAGGGAAGAGAUUUGUCCCAGCUGUAGAGGCGGAAGAACUUGGGAAGGUUCUGAAGCAAAGGGUAACCCAAGGGACACAACAUGAGCAGCUCAGAUGCCCGAGAGCUUCAGUGAUCAAGCAAAAGAAGAAGAACGAUAAAUCAACAAACAGGUUUGUGAGUGUCCCCAAUCUAAGUGCUCUGGAAUCUAGCGGAGUGGUGGGCAAUGGACAUCCCAACCGCCUGGACCCCAUUCCUAACUCACCCAUCCACGAUAUUGAGUUCAACAGCAGCAAACCACUACCACAGCCAAUGCCACCCAAAGAGCCCAAGACGUUUUUGAGCCCUCCUCAGACUGAUGCUUCACCAGAGGCUUCACAGGAUCCACAGCGCCAGGAGUGGUUUGCCCGGUACUUCACGUUCUGAGAGAUGAUUUGUCUUUGUGGCACAGCGUGAUGUGGACUGUUCAUAAGAGCAUGACCUUAAGUAAAUCCUCAUGUGAACAAGCUUUCCUGUAAUUUGUCAAACACUGUGAAUGAGAAAGUAUUUGUCUUUCUGAUUUGAAACUGCACUGUAUUUCAUGUUAUAUUUGUUGGAAUCACUUGACAUGGUACUAUAUAAUGUGCGUAAUUAUAACUAUUAUUUUUAUUUAAAAUGGAAGAAUCUUUAAACUUUGUAAUUACUACAUAAUAAAUUUUGGUAGAACAAACAUAAUGCUUUCCCCCUUUUUCCUAUAAAUGUGUUUUCUUUGAUUUCAGGUAAGGCUUUUCCCCAAAAAAUAAUGUAAUUGCAUGGUUACUAUAAAUACAAUUUAAACUGAAAACAGAAAAAGUGAUACUACAUUGCACUGUCUCUCCAAUUUGGGCAGAUGUUUAAUGGGUCCCAGUUCUAAUAUGUGACUUGGUAGCAGUUUAAAAACUGUCUCUUUCUGACAUUUAAAAGGAAGAACGUAAUAUAAAUCAAACUAGUGUAUCUGCUAGCCUUCAGAGCAGAGUAAUUUUGACAAGAGGAUUAAAAAAGCCACAGGCCAGGAGCUGUUCAAUGAGGGGGGUCAACUCCUUACCUGUUGCUCAUGAGAUUUUGCCAUCUGUUAUAAUCAACAUUUUACCACUGAAUUUAAGCAGAAACUGUUCCCAUAAAUUAUGUAUUUUUAAUGAAUAUUCACAAAACCACGAUUGAAACAUUUAGAAUACUGUACUAAGUAUCUCUGCAGAAGUCAAGAAUCUACAUUUUGAGCAUAUAGUCCUGCUUUGGAUAAAAGUCAUGACUGAAUUGAAAAACAAACUAACCCACCACCCAACUUUUUCCCUUUUACACAUACUACAGAUACAGAUCUAAACUUUAAUAUAGCUAAGGGAAGGUAAUUCAAGCCUUUUUCUUCUUCCUAAACUGAUAUAUGAAAAUGUGGUUUUUUUCAGCUAGUGAGCAUGAUUCUCCAAUCUACACCUUUUAUGAUGCUGGUGUUGCUUGGGAAAUUUGCUGCAGCAUAUAGGAAACUAGAGCAUAUUGUCUUUUUUAUAUUUUUUCAUUCAAAGAUUACCACAAAGUAACUCACACUGGUAGUCUCAGGGAGAAAAUUGUCUCUUUGUUUUAUGAAUGUAUUUUUAAGCUGAAUCUCUUCUCUUUAAAAGCAGGAAACAAUGUUUGAGUUAUUUGAGUAAGGUUUUAGUUAGCAUAUACAAUAGUCUUGAACUUUAGUAUUUCAUCUGAAGCCCUAACUACAUCCUUUUUUUGCUACAUGCACAAAGGUAAUACCCAGAUGAAGAUACUUGCUAAUAAGUUUUAUAUGUAGUAUAUGUAUAAAUGAAAAAUUUGUAUGUUUUCAUAUAAACAAUAUAAAAUCUUCUAAAUGAACAUUUUAAAACUUCUAUCUUAUAAUUCAGCUUGAAACCUCCACUGGAAGCUGUAUUCUGGUGAUGCUGCCAUGGAUUAAAGAUAUAUACAGCAGAUUUUCUGUAGCUGGUGGACUCAACUGUAGGUAUAUGCAACUUUUUAAUUUUAGAAGAAAGCCAUAUUGGGCAAAAUGUCAGAUUUCUUGGCUGUUACCCAAAAUAAAAUACACUAGCUCAUUUUGUUAUAAUGUA